UUUUCUCAAGAGGCUACUCAUCCAAAUCUCUUCUUCAUGCUCGACUUCAUCCCCAAACCCUAGCUCUCCGAUUUCCAAUUCGAUCUCUCUUCUCGAUUGAAUCCCCAUGGAUGCUGCUGCCCUGUCGCCGGAGCAGCAGGGCCUCGUCUCCUCCUUCCUCGAGAUCGCCGUCGGCCAGAACGCUGACACCGCCGUACACUUCCUCCAGUUGACGAAUUGGAUCCUUGAGGAGGCUAUUCAACUGUUCUUUGUUGGUGGUGACGGUGCUGUUGGUGCUGCCGCUGCUGCGCCGGCGCCGUCGGCGCCGCCGGCUGCUGAGGAUCCGUCCUCUAGUGUUAAUGUGAGUCAAGAUGUUGGAGAAGAUGGAGUGCGUGCACCAUUGCCUGUCAAGAGAGAAACUUUAUAUGGAGAUGCUGCCUUAUUUAAUCGUGACUUUAGAUUUCAACAAAGUCCAUUGAUUGCAUUCCGGAAUUUCGAGGAGGAGUCAAAGCGGCAGCCUGUAUGGGAAUCAGAUAAAAAUGCUCCAUCUACAGCAAAUGGCUCCCGUGAUAAUCUUGCUUCCUUAUAUCGGCCUCCUUUUGAUUUGAUGUUUAACGGAACAUUUGACAAGGCGAAGGUGGAGGCUUCUCACAUGGAUAAAUGGCUUUUAGUUAAUUUGCAAUCGACUGCAGAAUUCAACUCACACAUGCUUAACCGGGAUACAUGGUCAAAUGAAACAGUGGCACAAACAAUUUCAACAAAUUUCAUUUUCUGGCAGGUUUAUCAUGAUAGCACUGAGGGGAAGAAGGUUUGCACAUACUACAACUUGGUUGCUUUCCCUUCAAUUCUUGUCAUUGAUCCCAUCACAGGACAAAAGAUGCGUGCAUGGAAUGGCAUGAUUACUCCUGAACGUCUGUUGGAGGAUUUACUACCCUUUCUGGAAAAAGGCCCUAAUGAGAAUCAUGUUACUCUUCCUCCUAAGCGUGCAAGACAAACUCCUCAUGUGUCUGUGCCCAGUGUAGCAGAUACAUUGCGUGAUGAGGAUGAAGAAGUUUUGCGUGCAAUAGCAGCCUCUCUGGAAGAGAAAAAAGUUGCCAUCAGGCCAUCUACAGCUAAAGAUGAACCCAAAGUGGAGAAAGAACCUGAAACCAUUUUGAGUAAAAAGCUCGUGUAUCCUCCUCUACCUGAAGAACCAAAGGAAAAGAGGGAGCUCCUUUCAAGAGUUGGUAUUCGUCUACCUGACGGUCGGAGGCUCCAGAGACAUUUUCUCCGAGCAGACUCUAUAAAGUUACUGUGGUCAUUCUGCUCAUCUCAACUGGAGGGAGGGGAAGAACGGCCAUUCCGCUUCACACAAUCCAUUCCUGGUGCAUCGAAGACUCUGGAGUUUGAUAGUGAUGUAACAUUCGAAGAAUCAGGUAUAUCAAAUUCCAUGAUUUCUUUAACAUGGAUCUGACAUUCCUAACUGAUCCUUCGGUGAGUUCUUGGGGAUGAAAAAGAAAGGGGGGCUAUAGAAUAGCUUUGAUGAAAGCUUGAAUAUUUAUCAGCAACCCUAGUUCUUCAAAUGUUUUUGUGUGUGUGUGUGUGUGUGUGUGUGUGUGUGGUAUGAUGUGUCAAACUAUCAAGUAAAUAUUUUGUUCAAGCAUAUAUUUGAUUGUUAGCUUUUCUUUUA